AGAUUUUCGAUAAAACUGAAAAAUAUUAAAUUUAAAAGUUAAUGUAAUUUAAAACUAUUAAUAAUUUAUAAUUGUCAAUACGGCACCAAUACAGAAUUUCAAAGUUUGACAGUUGAAAAUAAGAACUGGGAUGUGUGUUUUAUUAGUGUUAAGGCGUAAAACUAGAAAAAACAAGAAUGAGCUUAGAAUCAAUAAAAUAUGAGAGAGGUAAAUUGGAAAUUUUGGAUCAGCUGUUACUGCCACUCCAAACUCGAUAUGUAAAAGUGCAAGGUGUUGAAGAUGGCUGGAAAGUUAUUAAUAAAAUGCAAGUCAGGGGAGCACCAGCAAUAGCUAUAGUUGGAUGCCUAUCAUUGGCUAUAGAGCUUAUGAAAGAUGACUGCUCCGACAAAAAAAUUAUGAGGCAAGAGAUUGAAGGAAAAUUAAAUUAUCUUGUGUCGGCGCGACCGACAGCUGUUAAUAUAAAAUUAGCCGGUGAUGAGCUUAUUAAUUUCGCAAAUAGUUUGUGUGCAGAUGAAAAUGUAUCCGCUGAUGAUUUCAGAGAGAGGUUUAUAAGGAGCAUAGAAAAUAUGUUGAUAAAAGACAUUGAGGACAACAAGGCUAUUGGCAAGUAUGGUUGUGAAGCUAUACUCAAGACCAUAGAGGGUGAUGGUCAUGUUAGAAUUCUGACACAUUGCAACACUGGGUCCCUAGCCACGGCUGGAUAUGGGACCGCAUUAGGAGUUAUAAGAUCAUUGAAUGCUGCCAAGAAAUUAGAACAUGUAUACUGUACAGAGACCCGUCCAUACAAUCAGGGAGCGAGGCUGACUGCAUAUGAAUUAGUUCAUGAGAAAAUACCCGCAACACUAGUUGUAGAUAGCAUGGUAGCAGCAAUCAUGCAUGCAAGGAAUAUUAGUGCAGUGGUUGUUGGAGCUGAUCGGGUCGCUGCCAAUGGUGAUACUGCAAAUAAAAUAGGAACAUACCAAAUAGCAAUAGUGGCAAAACACCACAAUGUGCCUUUUUAUGUAGCAGCCCCGCUCACAUCUAUAGACAUGUCAUUGAAGUCAGGAGACAGGAUCAAAAUAGAGGAACGGCCGGAUAGAGAAAUGACACAUAUUGGUGAACAUAGAAUUGCUGCUCCAGGUAUAAAUUGUUGGAAUCCCUCAUUCGAUGUGACGCCAGCGGCACUUAUUACAGGAAUUAUUACUGAGAAAGGUGUCUUCGCCCCGGAUAAAUUAUAUGAAGCAGUUCCCUAACAAAUAAUAUUAUGCCAGCAGUAUAAGUUCCUAUAGUGUACACUAUUAUAAUGUGUUACAACGCUCAUAUAAAAAAAUAUAAUCCUAUGUACCUAUAAAGAAAUAUUAUAUUUGAUAUUACAAUUUUAUAACCUGUUUAUAUAAUAAGUGAAAAUGAUUACAAAUUCAACAAAACAUUAUGAAUCUCUUCCAAGUAACUGCUGAAAUUUAAGAGGCUCUGACUAUUAUGUCGGCCCAGAAAGACGUUAAUACUAGAAGCGUGCUAAAAUAAACCGAAAAAAAAAUUUA